AUGACAAAAAUACUAACUAGUAAUGAAAAUAAUAUAAUAAUUAAUAAUAAAAAAAAAGAAACUGCCUGGAGUUCUAUUCAUGUAAUAUGCCUUCUUGCAUUUUCAUCAGCUGUACAGUUUACACUUUACUUUUCUUCUACUAAUCAAUUUCUAAAAACUCUUGAUCCAAAUGCUACAGAAUUUUUUUAUGGACUUAUUAUAGCAUCAUAUAGUAUUGGAAAUGUUUUAUUUUCUCCUAUAAUGGGAUAUUUAAGUAAUAAAAUUAAACAAAUAAAAAUAUUACUAUUUUUUGGAUUAUUUUGUCAAUUUUUUGGAAAUUUAGUUUAUUUUUAUGUAGAAAUAAUUCCAUUUAAUAGAAAAAUUUUUUUAUUAAUUGGAAGAUUUAUUACUGGUAUUGGGGCUAGUAAUGUUAGUUUAAUGAAAGCAUACAUAUCUGGAGCAAGCUCACCAGAUGAUAGAUCAAAAUGUAUUGCAUACAUUACAGGAUCAAUGGCUGUUGGAGCAUUUAUUGGACCUGCUUUUCAAUUAUUAUUUACACCUUUAGGAUAUCCUGGAUAUAGUGUAUUUGGAUUUUUUCAGAUUCAUAUGUUUAAUCUACCAGCACUUGUAUCUAUCUUAUUUGUUGUCAUAAAUUUUAUCCUUGUAUUAUAUAUUUUUAAAGAAAUAUAUGUUGAUAUUUUAGUAAAAGAUGAAGAUAAUGAUAUAUCACUUCCACCAUAUGAUCGUAUAGCUGUAUUAUUAUGUUAUAUAACAAGAUUUUGUCAAACUUUUAUUUCAACAAAUCUUGAAACAUUAGCUGCAGUUAUAUCAAUGUCUGUUUUUUCAUACACAACAACAGAAUCAAUUAAUGUAAUUAGUUUAGUUAAUACAGGUAGGGCCAUUAUUGCACUCUUAACAGCAUUAUUAUUUGUGUUUGUUAACAUUGAAAAAUAUAUUUCAUUACGCAAUACAAUUAUCAUUUGUACAUUAUCUGCUUUUUUAUUUCAUUUUAUUACAUAUCCUUAUGGUUUUUACAAAAAUGUUAUAACUUAUUACUCACCGGGUAACUCAUUUAAUAGUUCAUUUGUUGGAUGUAAUGUAGCAAGAUAUUUAUGGUGUAAAGAAUUAUCACCUUGUAAUCCUUAUUUAUACUAUAUUUCACAUACAAUUAUGAUUGGUAGUACCUAUAGUUCUAUAAAUAUCUGUUUAAAUACAUUAUUUUCAAAAAUAAUUGGACCAAGAAGGCAGGCAUUUGAACAAGGUACACUUAAUAUGUCAAAGGGUAUUUCUCAAAUGAUAUCACCACCAUUAAUAGGAUUUGUUUUUGAUUAUGCAGGUUUAAAACUUGUUUGGAUUAUACAUAUCAUUGUUCUUUCUGGAGCAAUUGUAUUAUGGUUAGUAUAUUACAAACGAAUGGUUUCUUUUAUACAAUCUGAUAUAAAUAAAUAUAAUAGUACAAUAUCAGAAGAAUUAUCAAUUAAUGCUAUUUCAAAAAAUGAAUCAAAAACAAAAAAUAUUGAAACUAUUUCUACGACUAAUCCAAGAAUAUCUGAAAGUCUUACAAGAGUUUCUGAAAUUUAUUCAAAAAAUUUUAAUAUUUAA